UUAUUCCAUUUUUUUUUUCUUUGAUAAUAUAUAGUUUAGCUAAUUGUUACAUGAUAAAAAUAAAAAUAAAGUUAAUCGGGCUUAAUCGAAGAGCCCAUAUGAUAUGGGCUAUUGGCCCAAUAACAACCAGAAGAAAUAGGAAAGACGUUAUGGGUGCUUGGCGCGUAAAUUGGAGGUUGCUGUUGAAGAGUGGUGAAAGACAACCGAUGUACGAUGAUGAGUUUGAAAUUGAAGCCAGAAGAAUUCUUCGAAAAAAACCCUAACCAAAAUGAAACCCCAAAGACACAGACACUGGACCUCGGCGAUGAAAGCCAAAUUCUAUACAUACCCAGGUUCAUGAGCUUUGAUCAGGCGUGGAGAUUUUUCGAUUACCUCAACAAUGAAAUCCCUUGGACCCGACCCACCAUUCGUGUUUUCGGAAGAUCAUGCCUCCAGCCUAGAGAUACUUGCUAUGUUGCCAAUCCUGGAUUGCCAGAUUUGAUUUACAGUGGAUAUCAGCCACGUGCUUAUAGUUGGGAUGAUUUUCCUCCCUUAAAGGACAUUUUAGAUGCUGUUCACAAAGCUAUUCCUGGGAGUAGUUUCAACAGCUUGCUUCUAAACAAGUACAAAGAUGGUAAUGACUAUGUUGCUUGGCAUUCUGAUAAUGAGAAGCUAUACGGAUCAGCUCCUGAUAUAGCUUCAGUGUCUUUUGGAUGUGACCGUGAAUUCUUGUUGAAGAAGAAGCCCGGAAACAAGUCCAAAGAAAAAAGAAAUGAAGAAGAGCCAGCCAGCAAACGAUUAAAGAAAAGCAUUAAUCAAGUUGACCAACACUCUUUCACACUCAAGCACGGAUCACUUCUAGUGAUGAGAGGUUACACUCAAAGGGAUUGGCUUCAUUCGGUGCCUAAGCGUGCAAAAGCUGGUGCAACUCGUAUUAAUCUUACAUUUAGGCAUGUUGUGUGAUGGUGUUUGGAAUCAAGGGAUAAUCUCAUUUCAUCUGCUGUGCUUGUUUUGUGUAUCACCUGCCGUUUUUGGCAUUUGGAGCAUGGCUUGGCAGCUACGAGGUAUAUUAUUUUUAGUUUUGUGUAACACUUGGUGUCUGCUGAUGCUAUUCACCUUUACAGUUAAUCUGUCUGAUUAAGCGAUAUAACUUGCCAUAUUUCUAUGUAGCUUUUGUUGUUGAUUCAUCCCUUGUUAUUGGACUUUUUACUUAUAUGUUAUAAUAUACUAGGCGCUUUUCAUUCCA